AUGGACUCGUCCAAGGUGCCGAUGAGCCUGGCCAGCGGCAGCUCCCUGCUGAGCCACGCCGUGCUGGGCGGCCUGUCGCCGCUGUUCCUGCGCGCCUCGGAGCGGUACCAGCGCACGCCAAAGUGCGCUCGCUGCCGCAACCACGGCAUCGUGUCGGCGCUGAAGGGCCACAAGCGCUACUGCCGCUACCGCGACUGCGCCUGCUGCAAGUGCACCCUGAUCGCCGAGCGCCAACGCGUUAUGGCCGCCCAGGUGGCGCUGCGGCGUCAGCAGGCGCAGGAGGAGAACGAGCUGCGUGAGCUGGGCGUGGUGUUCCCGGUGCCGGGGGACCUGAGCAGGUCUACCCCGCCGCCGGCCGCCACCAGUCCGCCCCAGAAGAGGUGCCGACCUGAGGAGUCUGAUGCGCCGUACCUGGAGCAGAGCAGCGCGGUCAGCCUUGACCUGAGGUCAGCGGCCACCCUCUCGGCGACCGUCCAGCCCGGCCGGCCCCUGAGCUCCGACGAUGAGGUGUCUGAGAGAUCGUCAUCGCCCCGCGCGCCGCCUCCGAUGUACGACUCGGACAGGUCGCUGGACCUGAUGGCCAGGUUGUUUCCGUCGAUAUCCCGCUCAGAACUCUUCCACACUCUCAAAGGACAUGGAGCCAUGAUGGGCUUCCCGAGCUUCCGCUACCCGUACCCGCGACCCUACUUCCCAGUGCCGUGGAGCGGUGACCUGUUCCCGCCCUACCCCGGCUACGGGCUGGCCUCGCCGCCCGGCCUGCCAUCUAGCGGUGGCCUCGGCGAAGGUAGGGCCGAGCCCUCCAGGUCUCCGCCUUCGCCGCCCAAGUGA